UAUGUUCCAAAUGCACCAUGGGUAGUAUUCACAAUUCAAUAUGGCGGCUGCUUGGAGGACAAAUUUAGGCAGAUUUGCWAGAGAAAUUCGUAUUCAUCUAUGCCAGACAUCCGAAAGCAGCCAUGGAGUAAGAAACUUCCUUGAAAAGAACUACGUAGACAUUAAAAAAGCAAAUCCAAAGUUCCCAAUCCUUGUUAGAGAAUGUAGUGGGAUUUUCCCCAAGAUGUAUGCAAGAUAUGGUUAUGGCAAAGAAGUUAGUGUAGACCUCACAAACAUGAAAAGUGAAGAAGUUGGUAAAGCAAUGGAAAAACUUGUCACAGCCCAACCUGAAUAGAUUUAUACAGUAAGAGGCAGUGUUCCUUUGCACAGAAGAAUUCCUGUAUUACAAUAUGUUACAUCCUAAACUGGCAUCAUCUUACCUUGUCUGUCAGUGAGGUAGAUGUUAUUGAUGACAUGAUGAAUUAUUACGAUAUUUUGUAAAUUUGUUGUGAAGACUUUAUGUAUUGCUAUAAGCCAAAUGCUCCAUAAACAAGUUUUUUUGUCAUGAAAUCUGAUAUUUUGAUGUAGGUGAUCAUAUUAAAAUUUUAUUAGGAUUUUAAUUCAGCAGGUUCUGAUAUUGUGCAAUUGAUAGAGUAGGUUGCAGUUGCUACAAURUAAUUGUAUUUUAUAUUUCUACCUUUGAACAAUGCCACCUGAUUGAAUUAUACAAGAAGGUCUUCUCUAAAAUUCCUUCAACUUCAACUUGUAAUAAUGACAAUUAUUGUGAUAUUUGGAGUUUAUUUGAUCUCUGUUUUUGUGGCUACUGCCUUCUAAGGAGGCAAUAGCCACUAUSUCAUACUUUGGUUUGAUGAAAUAGUAAUUCCACAGGAAGCCCAAAACAGUGUUAGUUUAAAUCAAAUACUAUUUGCUAGAUGCUAGAGAUAGAGAGAGAUAGUGGAACUUUGAACAAGGUGAUUGAAUUUGAUUCCAGGAAUUAUCCAAUGUACAUCCGAUGCUCAUUUGAUUGAUCUGAUGGCAGUUUUUGUUGA